AUGGCAUCUCGCGCCAUCAUCCCCCGCUUUCUCCUCCCUCUUCAGGGUCCUCUGUGGCGUGGUAUCAGCAUCCCGCUCUCACAGAACAGCAUCCGAAUUCGCUUCGCCUCUUCAUCCUCAAAGGGAAAGCCUAUUGUUCUCGAGAAGCCCGCUCGUUUCAACCCUCCUUCUCAUGGCUCCCGCCUCAAGAAGAACCAUGUGCCUAAACAUUACGGCCCUGAGCUCACCGCUUCCGAGGUCGCUGCUCAGAACAAGAAGCACUAUCCCGGUAUGAUGGCUCCCGAGGGGACAUGGGAGCACUUUUUCUGGCACAGUAGGCUUUUGCAUACUUUUAUCACCAUGGGAACUCUUUUCGCCCUUGGUGUUUUCACCUUUUUCAUGAACUACGCCUACAACUCGCCAUACAAGGAGCUCGUCCCUCCCAUUUCAGACCUCUGGACGCACCCUCUUCACUUCUUCGUCGCCUGGAAGAAUGUUAUUGUCCUGCACGAGAAGGACAAGGCCGAGAAAGCUAGGGACCACCGAACGGACCAUCUCGACGAUGUAGCUAAGCGCCGACUUUUCAUGAAGAUGCACGGAAUCGAGGCCAAGGACCCUGUGACUGUUGUGUUUGGCAAGGGUGAGGAGGAUCCCAAGCCUGAGCAAGCUGCUGUGGAGGACGAGCUAGUGCAAAAGGUCGAGGUGCAAGAGAAGGUUGAAGAGCCCAAGAAGAAGUGGUUUGGUGUCUUCUAA